AUGGGAGCCCCCACGAUGCGAAGCCUCCAAUGGAACGAAGAUGAGCUUCUCACAGCACCCAUCUCUCCGUUUCAGAGUUCGGAUAUUCACAAUGGAGAAGAUUUGCUUUUCACAGAUCCCAACCCUGUAAAAUGGAGGCUAUUACAGGAUGAGAGACUUGUGGAGGCACCUGACGAAAACCCAGGACUAGGCAUAGAUAGAGGCACUCACUUCUUUACAACUCAAGAUCUUGUGGCGCCUAGCAGCUUAUCAACUGCCCCAGAAGAUUCAACUCUCACCCAGUUCUACGACCAUUCUUUCACCGUGCAUGAGACAGCUGAGAUUACUGCCCCGGGCGUCCAUCUCGAGGAUUCCGCGAAAGAAAGUGACAUAGGGGCUGACAGCACAGGGACUUCUAUUGCAACAGAAGAAUCCCUUGGGUUGGAGUUGCCCAUCCAAGGAGGCGUUACAGAUCUUCAAAACAUUCCGAGCGCUGCAUACCUGACAUCUAUUGUGCCACAAACCAUGACGGUGAAUCUCAUUGUCGGAAUUGCUACAAUUCGACCACCGCGUCGCAUUGUGACGCGGCGAUGGAAGAACGAACUAGACCUUGUCGAAAUAGUAGUGGGAGAUGACACAAGAAGCGGGUUCGGAGUUACGUUCUGGCUCCCCCCAGUGGAACAAAGGAUCGCCCCAGGUCACCAUGACGAGAGCCAUGAGCUUCGCAAAAUGCUGGCGACUUUACGGCCGCGAGACAUUGUUUUGUUGCGCAUGGUAGGAUUGAGCUCCUUCCGGGAACGGGUUUACGGACAGAGUCUCAGGAAAGGGAUCACCAAAGUCGAUCUACUUCAUCGACAGAGGGUCGACGUAACAGAUGCGGGUGGUAUGUACAGUGCAAGGAGUCUCAUGAACCAUGAUACGACAGCCAAGAACGAUGAACUACUGCGAGUCAAAGCAAGAAAGGUGCGCGAGUGGAUCAGACGUUUCGUGAGUACCACGACGGAUUUAGCAGGCGGUGAUGCAAGGGAGCCCACGCAACGUGGGCCGAGUUUACCUCCAGAUACGCCAGAGGAUUCGUCGAGGUUAUAA